AUGGCCGUUGCUCCGGAAAAAGGGCCUGAAAAAUUGGAUACAGAAGGGAAGGCCGAGGGUGGUGUUGAGGAGCACGAUUCAAUGCUCCCCCUACACCACCCCUCCAAGAAGACUGGCGGACCCGAAAUUCAUCUGCUUGGCGUCAAUUUAACCAAUUCACCAAAAUGGUUGCAGUUUGUGCUCCUCAGCCUCGCCAUUUUCGUGUUCUACCUAGGAUAUGGAUACAUGCAGGAGUUGAUCUUCCGGUUGGACGGGAUGAAGCCAUUCGGCUGGUACCUAACGUUGCUCCAAUUUGUCAUCUACAGCGGGUGUGGCUACGGCGAAGGGCUGAUGUGGCAUGAUUCAAGAAGGAGAAUGCCGCUGAAAAUCUACGCGUUUCUUGCUUUCUUGACGAUGGCAACAAUGGGUUUAUCAAAUGCUUCCGUUGGGUAUCUGAACUAUCCAACCCAGGUGAUCUUCAAAUGCUGCAAAUUGAUCCCCGUGUUGAUUGGUGGUAUCCUGAUCCAGGGUAAACGAUAUGGGCUGAUUGACGUUUCGGCAGCAAUUUUGAUGAGUAUUGGCUUGAUUAUGUUUACGCUUGCCGACAGCCGGGUCGCUCCUGUUUUCGAGCUACGCGGAUACCGGUGCCUUACUUGCGGAUGCUGUCAUUGGAAAUGUGCAAGAGAAAAAGAUGAAGCAGUUUUAUACUCCUAUUCAAUCGGGGCCAUUUACAUCUUCGCCUAUACUGUGAUCACCGGGGAAUUCUUCUCGGCAUUUGCUUUUUUCUUGAAGCAUCCCUAUGAGACGUAUGGCUAUGGCAUCAUUUUUGGCUUGCUUGGUUAUUUGGGAGUGAAUGUGGUUUUGACCCUGAUCAAGGUUUCUGGUGCUCUUGUCGCUGUCACCGUCACGACUCUACGGAAAGCGCUAACAAUUAUGCUGUCAUUUAUCCUAUUCGCCAAACCUUUUACAGCCGAUUAUAUCUGGGCUGGAAUGGUCAUCUUGCUCGCGAUUUAUUUAAAUUUGUAUAGCAAGAACAAAACCUCCUGGGAUGCAGCUUUUGGUCGAAUCAUCAGACGAUACAUCCGGAAUCAAAAGCACGCCGAUAUUAACAUGGUG